CAACAAACGAACCUUCGUUAUCAAAACGAGGCUUACGUUAAUCUGUGUUUGCAGCCGAUACUUGGUUAUCGGAAAGAAUAAUUGAAAGAUGCAGCGAUCAGCAGGUUCAUUCAGGUCUUUUUGCCGAGCAUAUAAUUUCUCCAAAUCGUGGAGAGGGCAGGCAUGUCGACAGUCCGUCAUCAGAUGUUCACAUUAUAGCAAAAAAGCCAGGUUACCUUUGUAUUCUCCAGUCACAUUUCAAGUAUUAAGAAUCAAUAAUGUCAUGCAAGUUAGGUUUUACAGUUCAGAUGAUUAUCCACCACAUCACAAAAUACCCUUACCAGCCUUAUCACCAACUAUGGAAACUGGUUCACUGUCAAGAUGGGAAAAACAGCGCAUCAAAGGCACCGGUCCUCAAGGCAGAAUCAAGGCUGAGGAUGUUGAAGCUGCUGCAGCAGCGCCACCACCACCACCUCAACCACCAGCAGCAGUACCAACAACACCUAUUUCAACAUCCGCCCCUGCUCCCUUACCACCACCAACAGCCACGUCAUACACGGAUAUUGAACUCAGUGGCAUGAGAAAAACAAUAGCAAAUAGACUAACUUAUUCUAAGCAGACAGUGCCCCAUUAUUAUCUUACAGUGGAUAUUAGAGUGGACGAUUUAUUACAGCUUCGAAAAGACCUGAAUAAAGAAGUAGAGCCUGAUGGUAUCAAGUUGUCAGUUAAUGAUUUUAUUGUGAAGGCAUCAGCGUUGGCAUGUCUCAAAAUCCCAGAAGCAAAUUCAGCGUGGCAGGAUACAUUUAUUAGACAAUUCCAGUCAGUUGAUGUGAACGUUGCAGUGAGUACUGAUCGGGGUCUUAUUACACCUAUUGUCUUCAAUGCUGAUGGAAAGGGAAUUUCUACAAUUAACCAAGAUAUUAAAUCAUUGGCAGUGAAAGCCAGAGAGGGUAAACUUCAACCAGAAGAAUAUCAGGGUGGCACAUUCACAGUUUCAAACCUUGGUAUGUUUGGUGUAAAACAUUUCACUGCAAUUAUAAAUCCUCCUCAAGCCUGUAUAUUGGCAGUUGGUGGGGUGAAGAAAACACUGGUUGUAGAUGAAGACAAUGAACAGGGGUACAGUGCAGCCAGUGUUAUGAAUGUGACUCUUAGCUGUGACCACCGAGUUGUAGAUGGAGCUGUUGGAGCACAGUGGUUGCAACAUUUCAAAAAGUUUUUAGAGAAACCUUACACUAUGCUGCUGUAGUAAAAACUAUUUUAAUAAAAAAAAAAAACAGGAAGAUUUUUUUUUGUACAUACACUUCAUUGCUUGAUUUUCAUCACAAUUUAAUUUUUAAAAAGCAUGUCUGGGUUUCUGAAACCGCCAUUUACACACUUGUCAUUGGUAGAGAUGUUCAUGUGUAUCAUGCUUUAACCGAACAAUUGACUUGGCCAUUUUUUGUUAUUGUUCUAUUGUUCAUUAUGUAACAAGAAGACUGAUUAUGGCUUUGCUAGCUUGUUUUGAACAACAGUUAUCAAAAUUCGGAUCAAGAUUACCACUGGAGUGGGUGGGUCAUAUUCAACUGAAAUACAACUUACUGGAAAUGAAAUAAUUGAAAUAACUGGCAGUAGAGACAGUUUAGCUUUGCACAUCAGCUCAUAUUGGUCAAAUCAGUUUAUGCCUCAUCUUUGGUCUGAAGUGACCACUUACACAAGUUUAUUGGAACACCUUCACUGUGUUUUGGUAGUUAUACAAUGACAAUUAGUCAUCACCUGGUUGUGUCUUCCACGUGCCAUACCUAAAACCUGACUUGUAAUAAGUUGUCUAUAGCGAACUAGCAGCUGAAUAUCCUUGUAUUUUAUUGGUUUAAUUUACAAUCUAGAUAUUUAUGGCUUGCUGCUUAAUUUUGUUUGACAUUGUUGAGUUUGUUUUCACUGUCGGCGUGUAGAUGACUUUUGAUGUAUAUAGUAACUUGUUUAGUUGAUAAUUGAUUAAUUACGGAGUGUGGUAAUGUCAAUAAAAUAAGUGCUAAUUUGUGAAAUUU